UUUGGCUCUGGAGGAGCAAAUGGGAAAUGUUUCCACCGGAUUAAGUGAGGAUGCUAUUGUGGCAACUCUAAAGCAUUGGAAGUAUCAAGCAGUUGCAGAUGGGUCUGACAGUGAAGAUGAACCAUGCUGCAUCUGUCAGGAGGCAUAUGCUGAUGAAGAUGAUCUUGGGAAGCUGAAAUGUGGGCAUGACUUUCACUUCAACUGCAUUAAGAGGUGGCUCGUAGAGAAGAACAAUUGCCCCAUCUGCAAAAAAGCAGCCGUGGAUGUUUGAGAUCACUAGUUUUGUCUCUGGACAAUCGUCCUUGCCCAUGGACCAUUGUUCUUAGCCAUUUGCUGACAUUAUCUUCCUUUGAUUAUAGAACUGUUAUCAAUAACUAUAAUAAGCAAGUUCAUGAGAUGCCUCGGUGUUUCAUGCUUCAGUUUUGUUUCAUGGCCUGGACCUCAAACAGGGUAGAACACACUCCUGUUACAAGAUUCUGCAGUAUGGCAUCCAAUUUUCAAGAAUCUCAUCUCCAAUUCCUUGAGCCUUAUGUUAAUGGAUGCUGGAAGCAGCAUUUUGAGACUGUUGUCGCUUAUCAGGUUAUAGAUAGACAUAUGGAACACAGCCAUGGAGAAUUGAACAUUGACGAUGUGACUCCAUUUAGACAGUAUUAAAGUUUACAGUUACAAAUAUUGGAAUGAAAACAUAAUGAAAUAAAAACCUCUUUAUACUUGA